CAGCUGCCCCCUCACCAUUACGAGCUUCCACGCCCUUCUCCUUGGCUUCCUCAUCGCAAAGAAAUUUCGAUUUAGCUGUCGCGAUAAGCGUUUCACACCAGAAUGGCGUACAGCCAUCGAAUGAGCCAGCAAUUCCAUGGCUCCCAGCAGCAUCACAACAGGGGCGGUCGGAAGAAGGAGGAUGAUAAUGAUGCUCUAAUGCGCCUGCCUGACAAGGAAAUCGCAGGAUGUAUCAAUGAUAUCGGCAUCCCUUUCACCUCGGCGGACCUGAUCAAGCCCAACCCGCAACAGAUUCAAAUGGUCUUCGAAUGGUUUGCAGAACUCCUGAUGAAUGUCACCCGCGACACGGUGGAGCCUGGGAUGCGCGUGGCAGCGGACGAUAUUGGAGGGGAUUAUCCAGACAUCGUGCCUAACGACACGCGCAAUCUGAUGGGUUUUUUUAUGAGUUUGCGGCGGUUGAUGAUGGAGUGUGGAGUAAACGACUUUACUUUUACCGACAUGACAAAACCUACGCACGAUCGACUGAUCAAGAUCUUUUCGUACCUCAUCAAUUUCGUCAGAUUCCGCGAAUCCCAAACCCCCAUCAUCGACGAGCACUUUAAUAAAACCGAGAAAACAAAGGCGCGCAUCGAUACCCUCUAUGGAGAGAACCAAGAAAUGGAAGGACGUCUGGACGAGAUGCGGCGCAGCCUGAAAGCCAACGAAGCACAAGUGAAGGAAAAGAUUCGAAGAAACGACGAGCUCAAGGCGCGACUGCUCGAAUUAAGGCGCAAUCAAGAACGGGUGUCCGACACUCUCGAACGGGCCAAGACAGAGAGGAGUAGACGGCAAGCAAGCUUAGAGGAAAAGACGGAGAAGGUCGUGCGUACCCGGCAGGAGGUUGAAAAGCUGCGUCCUUACGUGAUGGAAAGUCCCGGUACGCUUCAGGCCGCUUUGACCGAUCUUUCGGAGAAUUUGCUGCGUGAGAAGGCCCAAAUCGAUGCGAUGGAGAAGAGAGCGAGAGCGCUACAAACCUCGUCGGACACGUUUACGGUUGUGAGCAAUGAUGUGCAGGCCUGCAUCAAACUUCUCGAAGACAUAUCCGUGGAGCUACAAAAGGAAGAGGAGGAGGAAUCGCGAGCAUCCCGGAACAAGGAAGCGAUUUCGGACCGAGGAAACAAUGUGAGAGAGGUGGAGCAAACAGAGAAGCUACUUCAGCGACAGCUUGCGCGAUGGAAUGAAAGGAUCGACACGCUCCGGAAGAAUGCUCAAGAAAAGGCAGAUGUGGCGCAAGCCCGUAUGGAAGAGCUACGAAAUGUCCAGAAGCAGCUUCGUGAAGAGCGGGCAGAAAAGCAGCGGGAUAUGGAGAGAAGGAGAAUCAAGAUCGAGCAGAUCGAGAAGAAGAUGGCCGAUCUCAAGGAGAACAUCGAGAGUGAAAUCCAGAGCGCCCACGAUGAAUAUCUGAAGCUGGAAUCGCACAUAAAGCUUUACAUCACCGACAUGGAGAAAUGUCUAUGAGUCAUGGAAUUUUGUUGAUACAUGCAGUUCAGGAGUUUACGGUUGGCUCUGGGAUACCCCGGUGAUUGAGGCUCAUAUGACAGAGUUCUUUUGUUAUUUUAUUUUCAUAGUCAUAAGAAAUAUUUACACCU